AUGAGUCGCUCAAUCAAAGAAAGCUAACCAUAUGCCAGUUUAUUACCAUUUGGCUUUUUCGAACUAUAUUUUGAUAGUAUACUAACUAAGACUCACUCAACAAAGAGUUUAUAUAGCCAAUCAACUAAAAUCCCAUAUUAGGAUUUAGCAGAUAAAAGCAAUCUAAUUAGCCAAGUAUUGAAAAACUAAUAAGAUGGAAGUUAGAAUAAAAGGUACAGCAAUAAUAGGCCAAAGUCGAGUGUAUAUGUUCUCAUACCGUCAAAAAAUUAAAAGCGUAUUCAAAUACCUAGAGAGUCUGAGACGUUCAAAAAUAUCAUGGAUGAUAGUAAGAAAAUCAAAGUAUCUUAAAUUAAGCUAGAGGAGAUUAUUUCAGAUGUCAAAAAUGGCUAGGUACCUGAUUUUGGGCUUCCAGAUUAAUUGAACUAUUCUGAUGAUAGGCCAGGCUGGCAUUUAUUUACAACUGUUAUUAGUCCCAAAGGAAAAAAUCCAGCAAGUUUAAUUAUAAUUCAUUACAAAAUAGAGGAUAAGAUAAAUCUUCUUUUCUUAAAAUUCCUGGAUAAAUUCCAGCUAAAGGAAAAGUUAAUAUCAAACCAAUAAUAAAAUAUUCUAAAAAAAUAAGGUUUCAAGAUGAAGAAGCUAAUUCCCGACCAUAGUCCAGAGAGAAAUCUCCUAAUGCAGCAUCUCAGAAAUUGGCCUAAAAGUUUCAGUACUUAAAGGAAGAAGCUGAAAAACUAUUUAAAGAUGGAAAAGCUAAACUUAAGAAUUGAUACAAGCACAAGACUGGGAUUUGAUAAAAAUCCAAUUAUAUCUCCAAGUACCAAAAAGAAAGCUGUAAAAUUUGCAGACUCUCUGAAAGAAAAACUAAAUCCUUAACAGUUGAAGAUGUUUGAAGUUUUCAAAUAGUAUGUGGAUGAAAAUUUUGAAGAUCGACAAUCUGCAAGAGUCAUGGAUGAAAUAAGGAAUAUCAAAGGGAUACUUAAGCAAAACAAUAUAUCACCUAGAAUUUUAGAGUAAUAUGUUAAAAUGAAAUCCAAAAAGGAGGAUGUCUUUUCUCCGUUAACUUCAAACAGAAUAUAAAUGGCAAAAUCUUAAAAUUCAUUCCUUAGUGUUAGUACUCCCAGAAGUGCCCUUAGAAUUGAAUAGUAAAAUACCUAAAGAAGACAGCUUUCAUUAUUUGGACACUAGUUUUAAUUAGAAAAAAGAAAAAUCGAAAGUGAUACUGAUUCUUGUCAAACUGACUCAAUAUCAGAAGAAAGCAACGAUUAAAUUGCACAAUCAGAUGAUAAUAAUAAAACUGAUAAAAUUAAAAAUAAAUUUAUGCCUAAAAAACCGAAAGAGUAUUAUUAAUUCUUAAAGUAAUACCCUGGAGCACAGAAGGUAAAUUAGUAAAAUGUAAAACAGGUAUUAAGCACAUUUAUAUAAAAGCUAAAGAACCUUAAAAAGAAAUUCCUCAUCAAAUUUGAAUUAUUAGAGAAAGAUAUACAGAAAUCUGAGUAGAGAUGCUCUUUAAAAUUAAAAAUAGAAUUGAUAAGUGACAUUAUCAAAAUGCUUCGAGCCAAAAAAUUUGAGUUAUCAGAUGAAAUGUAAUAAAAACUUAUUGACUUUAAGCUAGAGAGAGUUUCAGACACCAUUAAGUUAAUAUAUAAAUUUCAUCCAGUUGAAGUGAUGUAAUAAGAGGAACCUAUAAUCAAGCCUGUUAUUUUAAUAAAGAAAAAGAUAAAUGCUAAUCUUUAGAAUUAAGUAAAUAUAAAUUCAAAAAGGUCUAAGACACCAAUGAUAAGAAUUACGGCACCUAAAGUGCAUAGUAAUGAGAGAAAAUCCUAACUAUCAAAAUUAGAUUAGAAGUUAAGUUCAAUCCUGAGUUCAUAACACUCACCCUAAGGCAGUCCUUAGAAUAAUUACAUGCUGAAUAUAGAUGAGAGCGAGGACAAAACAAAUAUGAAAUUAAAAUCUCCAAAAAGAAGUAUUCAGUAUUUCACUUAGCAGAAUAGCCCAAAUGGUUAUAUGUAAAAAAAUUUCUCAUUUGACAAGUAAACUGAGUUAAAAGUGCAUUUGAAACACUAGCCAAAGAUUAAAAGCAAUAAUUUCAUAGAUAGACUACAACCUCUAAAAAGAUCCUAUAAUAACUCUAAUUUGGAAAGCAACACUGACUAAUCUGAGAGGUAAAAAAUGUCCUCAGUUAGAUAAGGAUCAACUAGAGUAGACGAAAAUGAGUCUUUAAAGUCAGAGCUUCCACCAGUGUAUGUGAAUAGCAAGUUACAAAGGACUUUUGAUAAUGAUAGGUAAAUAAUGACUACUAAUCCCAGUAAUUUUUCGAAAAAGCCAAGAUAAAGUGAAUAGACUUAAUAUAAUGUAGACUUUCUGAAAAAGAUCAUGAUAUCGAUUGCUAAAGAGAACGUAGUUAAAGAGUAGCUAGAUAACAGCAACUACAAUAGAGACUCCAAUAUGUCUCAAAUAAAAAACAGAAACAUCAAAACAUCUCAUUUAUAAAAUAGGAACAAAAUGGGAAGAUUAAAUAGAUCAAUAUUAACAACUAGUGAUUAUAUCUGA